AUGAAGUACACAUGGAGAGUAGCAAUGGAAACUAUGAGAAUAACUCCUCCUGUUUUUGGUGGCUUCAGGAAGGCAUUGAAAGACAUUGAUUUUGAUGGCUUUCUCAUCCCCAAAGGGUGGCAAAUAUUCUGGGCUACUUCUAUGACACACAUGGACAAGAGCGUUUUCCCAGAGCCAUCAAAGUUUGAUCCAACUAGGUUCGAGAACCAAGCAUCAGUUCCACCCUACAACUUCAUUCCAUUCGGAGCGGGGCAUCGAGUAUGUCCAGGAUACGAGUUUGCCAGGAUUGAAAUACUUGUUGUAAUUCAUUAUAUGGUAACUCAGUUCACAUGGAAGCUCUGUGCAGACAACAAAUUCAGUAGGGAUCCCAUGCCUGUACCUACUCAAGGACUGCCCUUAGAAAUCAGGCCAAGGAAACCUUGUUAA